AUGGCAGAUAGCUCUUCCUUCCCGGGUACAAACCCGUUCCUCAAGCUCAGCACAAAAGACGAUAGAUACUCUCCCAUCCAGAAGAUUUUUGAAGAGGAUGAAUAUGAGGUGACGUCACCAACCGAUCCCACUUUUCGCAGGGCAAACCCCGCCGCCGCCACCGCAUCCAAACCUGCAAAUACACUCGCUGGAGGCAGUGGUUCCGGUGAAGGAAAUGAAGGAAAUGAAGGAAUACAGUUCGGCCGACCCUUUGAUGUCGCUUUCAAUGAAGAAGGCGAACAGUCCGAACCGUCAGGGGCUGCUCGUUCCACAGCGGUCAGCGGCCAAGGUUUCCCCAACAACUACGCGCUGGGCCGUCGCACUUCAGUAUCCGCUGAGUCCUUGAAUCCUACCUGUGCUGGCUCAGACAGCUGGACGCCGCCGUGUCAUCCCAAGACAGAUGAGCAGCUCGCCCGGUUGAAAACCGCCGUGAGCAAUAACUUUCUGUUCUCGCAUCUGGACGACGACCAGUUUAAGACGGUGCUGGAUGCACUGGUGGAAAAACCGAUUCCAGCCAAGGAUAUCAAGGUGAUCUCUCAAGGAGAUGCUGGCGAUUACUUCUACAUUGUGGAGGAUGGCCACUUUGACGUCUAUAUCCACCCCGCAGGCUCCGUGCAACCCGGCCCCGAUGGCAUGGGCAACAAAGUCAGCAGCAUUGGUCCAGGAGGCUCUUUCGGCGAACUGGCCCUGAUGUAUAACGCACCUCGGGCUGCGACCGUGGUCUCCGCGGAUUCCAAGAGCACGCUCUGGGCUCUGGACCGCGUCACAUUCCGCCGGAUUCUGAUGGAUUCUGCCUUCCAGCGACGUCGCAUGUACGAGGCUUUCCUGGAGGAGGUGCCCCUGCUUUCGUCGCUCAAGCCCUACGAGCGUGCGAAGAUAGCCGAUGCCCUGGACGCGAUCAAGUACCCCGCUAAUUCCACAAUCAUCGCCGAGGGCGAUCCGGGAGAUGCUUUCUAUCUCCUCGAGGCUGGCGAUGCCGAAGCGUUCAUGAAAGGCGUGGAGGGACCGGUUAAGACGUACAAGAGAGGCGACUACUUUGGAGAGCUCGCCUUGCUGGACGAGAAACCCCGAGCUGCUAGCGUAGUCGCCAAGACCGACGUCAAGGUUGCCCGGUUGGGCCGAGAUGGAUUCAAGCGGCUCUUGGGACCUGUACAAGACAUCAUGAGAAGGGCUGAAUAUCAGGCGAAGCCCUCACCUUCGUGA